GCGUGGUUUGUGUUUGGGGCCUAGGCGAGCGAAGCGCGGCCGAUAGGAAAGUGCGUGGUGACCGAAGCGGAGCAGCCAGCGAGUGAAGAGGAAAGGACUCGAGAGCCGGGACCUGCGGCAUCCGAAGCCUGAGUGCGGCGGCAGGGGAGAGCGGCAGUUGCUGCCCUCUCUAAUCCGACAGGAUGUUUAACAAGUCGCAGUUUGGCACCCCAACCUUCGGCAACACGAGCGGAUUCACCACCUCGGCAUUUGGGCAAAAUGCUGCUACUCCUGGAUUUGGUGGGUUUGGCACGGCAACAGCUGGCUUUGGCACAGCCGCCAACGCAGGCGGUGGACUCUUUGGAAGUACUCAAACUAAACCAGGAGGGCUGUUUGGCACCAAUAACUUCGGGCAGCCAGCGACAGCAUCCACCAAUGCGGGAUUUGGCUUUGGGACGUCAACAUCCAACAGCAUCUUUGGGGGCGCAAACUCCGGAGGCCUUUUCUCCAACCAGCAGAGCAAUGCCUUCACCCAGAGCAAGCCGGCCGGAGGCUUCGGAAACUUCGGUACCAACACCACAGGGGGAGGAUUGUUUGGGACCACAAGCACGUCCUCUAACCCCUUUGGCGGUACAUCAGGGAGCCUUUUUGGAGGUGCAUCCUUCAAUGCCACGGCACCUACUGGAACAACCGUGAAAUUCAAUCCUCCAACAGGCACCGACACGAUGGUGAAGUCUGGCGUCAGCACCAGCAUCAGCACCAAACAUCACUGUAUCACAGCCAUGAAGGAGUACGAGACCAAGUCUCUCGAGGAGCUACGACUGGAAGAUUACACUGCCGGCCGGAAAGGACCACAGGCCCCGCUGGGGGGUGGGGGUGGACUCUUUGGCGCGUCCACUGCUACAUCCAGUACUGGAACUGGGCUGUUUGGAGCCACGCCAGCCAACCCCACCGGAGGAUUCAACUUCGGUCAGAACAAAACGAGCUUCGGAGCAACUGCUGGUGCUUUUGGUGCAUCUACUGGAGGCCUCUUCGGACAGCCACAGCCCAGCAGCAGCCUCUUCGGCACCAAGCCCUUCGGACUCGCCACCACCACGCAGAGCACUGGCUUCGGGUUCGGCGCAGCUAACACACUGGGGCAACCCAACACCAGCAGCAUGAGUUUAUUUGCAACUCCUCAGGUCUCUCAGUCAGGAGGGAUCUUCGGAAGCAGCACUAAUACCAGCACUGGGACUGCGUUCGGCACUGGAGGCAGCUUGUUCGGUGGUACCAAUGCGGCGUUCACCAACGUCAACAAUCAGACCCUGUUUGCUAACAAGCCAGCGGGAUUCGGCACUGCAACCACGACUGCAUCCACCUUCGGUACUGCUGGUGCUGGGCUGUUCGGCAACAAGCCCAACCUGACCAUUGGAGCGGGCACCAAUACAUCCAGCUUUGGAUUUGGAGCGAACACAGUUACAGGAGGAUUGUUUGGGAAUAAACCUGCUACUGGAGCCCUUGGGUCCACUCUUGGGGCUGGCUUUGGAUCAGCGCUCGGAGCAGGGCAGACCUCCUUGUUUGGCAACACGCAGCCCAAGCUGGGCACUGCUCUUGGAACAGGGGCAUUUGGAACAGGAGCGUUUAAUGCUGCCAACACCAGUGUGGGAUUUGGAGCCCCUCAGGCAGCAGUCUGUCUGACCGAUCCAAAUGCUGCAGCCACACAGCAGGCAGUGUUGCAGCAGCAACUCAAUGCUCUGGCCUACACCCCGUUUGGAGACUCCCCACUCUUCAGGAACCCCAUGGUUGAUCCCAAAAAGAAAGAGGAGCGACUGAAACCCACUAAUCCAGCUGCCCAGAAGGCUCUGACCACACCCACUCACUACAAAUUGACUCCUCGUCCUGCUACCAGAGUGAGGCCGAAGGCCCUUCAAGCCACUGGAUCCGCCAAGUCCCAGCUCUUUGAUGGACUGGAUGAUGACGAGCCCACGUCCCUGACAAAUGGCACCUUCCUGCCCAGGAAAAGCAUCAAAAAGCUAGUGCUGAAGAGCUUAAACACCUCAUCGCUGUACUCGCCUGUGCUCAGCAAGGAGCCCAGUGAUGUGACUUCACCUUCAGAAUAUCUGGAGAAUGGGGUGAAUGAACAACAAAGCCGCUUGGAGAGGGAAGAGAGUGAGCACCCGGAGGUAAAUAAAUGCUAUACCAACACUAUCGUUAAGCCAAUCCCACAAACUCCCGAUGGCUUGGGCAGCAGCAAGCACCAGAUCUCGACCAUGGACGAUACUAUCGCGGAAAUGAACCUGAGGAACAAUUUGCGGAAUGGCACGAUGGAGGGCAGCAGCGAAGGCACCUCCUGCAUUGAGGGGUCCCUGCAGGAAGAACAGGAGGCUGAGGGAGACGAAAUCCUGCCUCCUCCCCAUCCAGCAGGCAUCAUCCUGACCAAAGUCGGCUACUACACCAUCCCUUCCAUGGAGGAACUGGCCCAGCAUAUGACCAAUGAGAACGGCGAGUGCUUUGUGGAGAAUUUCACCAUCGGACGCAAAGGUUAUGGUUCGGUGUAUUUCCCCGGGAUGGUGAACCUGACGAACAUGGACCUUGAUGAGACUGUGCACAUCCGCAGGAAAGAGGUGACCGUUUACCUGGAUGAUGACAAAAGGCCCCCCAUAGGGGAGGGGCUCAACAGACGUGCUGAGGUAACCCUAGAUGGGAUCUGGCCCACAGACAAAACCACGCGCUGUCUGAUCAAGAGCCCGGAGCGCCUGAUGGAGAUGGGCUUUGAAGAGAGGCUGGAGAACUCGUCGCGGAAGCAGGGUGCCCGUUUCCUGGAGUACAGGUGUGAGACGGGCUCCUGGGUCUUUGAGGUGGAUCAUUUCUCUAAGUACGGGCUGCGGGAUUCUGACGAGGAGGAUAUUGAACCCUCGAAGGCAGAGGCCAAGAAGAUGAAAACUGCGGCACUUCCAGGCAAACAGCCGGAGCAGAUCAGGUCUACUCUGAUCCAACAGAGCCCCUUGAUGCAGCAGAUCGGUAGAGUGACUGAGCUCGACAGUGACAUGGCCGACAUCACCCAGGAGCCCAUUCCCGACAGUUCCCUGGAUGAGGACAUCUCAGAUGAGCAGGAACCAGUGUCGGCCUCCAGCAACAUUGCAUCCAUUUUGGGUGUUGAUCCCCACACCCUCCAGGUGAUGAAAAUUUCUCUGUUUGGUGAAGAUGAUGAAAUGGACGGCGUCCCAGACUCGCACGGUGCCCAUUACACAGCCAAAGAUGAUUGUCUGAGGCAGAGAGCAAAGAGCUCUGGUGGGAGGUUGCUGAACUCAAACAUAAGGAAGAUGUGGUCGUCCCUCAGCAGGCAGCCGGAGAAGAGUUCCUGGUCUUCAGCGGAGGUGGAGGCUCUUCGUUCACCGUUGCUUCAGUCCCUCCCUGUGGCGGGGCAACUGCCCUCCAGCUUCGCCCUGCCCAGCCAGCAGCCAGAGGUGCAGCUGAAGACGGUGGGUGUUCGCCGGCAGCAGCGGCUGGUGCCGAUGGAGCAGUCAGUGACCAAGGGCAAAGGCAAGCUGCUGAUGGACAUGGCCCUCUUCGUAGGUCGCUCCUUCCGGGUGGGCUGGGCACCAAACUGCGUCCUUUGUCACAGCGGGAAGCCGCUGAGCACAUCGCCACCAGACCCAGACCCCGACACUGAAGUCCUGGAGUACAACUAUUUUCCAAAGCCAAGCAAGAUCAAACCGGCUGCUGAGGUCCCAUUUAAGGUCCACCUGGAGAAAGUAACGCUGAAGGAAGAGCAGGUGAGGCGGAAUGUGUCGCUGUACAAGGAGCCGCUGGAUAUUGCGCUACAGCACAGCAUUGUGGAGACUGAGGACCUGUGCCCCCAGAUUGUGCCCCGAAUGGGUGUGGAGGCUCUCCACAAGUAUGCAGACUGGGUCCGGGAGACUGUGGACAAGUCUGAGGGGGUAGAAGAGGUUGUGAAGAACUGGUCUCUAGCAUGGACGUUGUGCGAGGCAAUCUGGGGCAAUCUGAAGGAGCUGGACGCCAGUCUCUCUGAGCCAAGCCAGUACGUUCACCAGCUGGAGCGCAGGAAGGCCUUCUCCCGCUGGCUCUCGCAGACAGCAGAGGAGAAGAUCGAGGAGGAGGUGGCCCUCUCCCACCACAAGAGCCACGUGGAUGCUGUCUUCAGUUACCUGACUGGCAAGAGGAUCAGCGAGGCGUGCAAGCUCGCACAGUGUUCAGGGGAUCACCGAUUGGCCUUACUACUAGCCCAGGUGAGUGGGGCCCCCCCAGUGAGGGAGCUGCUCAGCCGACAGCUUACUGACUGGCACCAAUGGUCGGCUGAUUCUUUCAUGCAAGAGGAGCGGCUGAAGAUCUUUGCCCUGCUUGCAGGCAGAGCCGUAUGGAAAUCAUCAGAUGAGUACAUCAACGUCUGCGCACAGCUGGAUUGGAAGCGCUGCCUUGCUGUUCACCUCUGGUACAUGUUGCCUCCCAGCGCCUCCAUCGCUGAUGCGCUCAAGAUGUACACCGAGGCCUUUCAGGGCAGUGAGGAGGUCGAGCGAUAUGCACGCUACCCACUCCCACCUUACCUGGAAGACACAAAUGUGGAUCUGAUUGAAGAUGGCGUUGUCCCUCAUCAGGACAUCUGUUACCACUUACUAAAACUCCACAGCGACAGGCAUCAUGAGCUCCACCCACUCCUCAACCCCAGGACGGUGACGCCUGACCACUUGGACUUUCGGCUGAGUUGGCACCUCUGGGCAGUGCUUCAGGCUCUGAACUACAGCCACUUGUCGGAGAAGCACCAGGCGAUGGUGCACACCAGCUACGCUGCCCAGCUGGAGGCAGCCGGACUCUGGGAGUGGGCUGUCUUUGUGCUGCUACACAUCCCCAACCUGGAGCAGCGAGUGACCGCGGUCCGGGAGCAAUUGAACAGGCACUGCACGCUGGAGGAGACCGAUGAGUUGAAGGAGAAGGAGCAGUUCCUGCAGCAGCAGCUCGGCAUCCCGUCGCAGUGGAUCCACAACGCCAAGAGCUUGCGUGCUCACCGUAACGGCGACCUCCACAAAGAGGCCCUGCACCUGAUUGAGGCCGGCCACUGGAACAACUGUCACCAGCUGGUGGUUCGGCACCUGGCUUCAGAUGCCAUCAUCAAUGAGAAUUACAGCUACCUGAAGUUCUUCCUGGGCAAGCUGGCGCUGCCUGAGUGCAUUGUCCAUAUCCAGGACUGGGACACAGCUGGAGCUGUCUUCCACGAUUACAUCCGAGUCCUGGAGAUGGUACGGGGACUUGCUGAGGUGGAGGAUCCAACCUACGAACUGGAGAAGAUUCACUCCGAGGUGAUGUCUCUCUGCAGUCGAAUCGAGCUGAUUGAGUGUCUCACCGCAAAAGACCGCCUGGCCCAGUCUGAUAUGGCCAAGCAGGUUGCCAACAUGCUACGCACCGUGCUUGGUCUGCAGCACAGCGUGGAGCAGCCCGGAGAGCCGACUCCCACCUUCCAGCACAUCCCCCUUCGCCUGCUUGCCCCCUGCAUCCGUCAGCUGCCCAUGCCCGAGGACUACGCCCUGGAGGAGUUGCGGAGCCUGACCCGGUCCUACCUGCAGGAGCUGAUCGUAGGGCCAUAGACUUGUCUGCUGUCCAUCAGCCUACCAGUCCACUGCUGCCUCUUCCACCACAUGACCGUCCGUGGGGCUGGACAGAGACCUGUGUGAUCCUGAACCUCAGGAACUGAUUCAGCACAGUCGCUCAGAUACUUUUACACAGACAGCAUCCUUGGAGUCGUGGACACGAUUGCCAUUUCCCAGUUACACAGAGCUGAGGCCUGGUGGGACUUGUUUUAAAAUUUAUACAUUCUUUUCUAAGCCGAGGACAACUUCUCAGCAGUGAACCCCUCCCGCUUUCCAGGGCUGUUUAAAACCCAACUAAGUGAGGUGUUGCUAGCAAGGAGUCAGACUGACAAUAAACUUUUUUAGCUGUUCUAUACAGAUGCUGGAACUGCCUGUAUUCAUAUUGGUGUGCGAGGCUCAGCACGUGUGUGCGCUCUGCGUGUUGGAAAUCUAACCCCAUCCCUACAGGAGACGAGGCCCCUCACCCCCCGGGGGUGAGGAGAAGCGUUGCUCUGGUGUAACUGGGCUCACAGCUGCGAGGUGUGGCAACUCAGCAAUGGCCCGGAACUGCUCCAUUCAGAAAACGCAUCUCUUCAGCAUCCAUGCCAGGAAACCGGAGACCUGCUGAAUGAGUGAACAAGUGCUGAUCUGUUCCUCAGUGACAUUUGUGUUUGCUGGAAUCUGCGUUGUACCUUUUCAAAUUCUGUCAUGUCCUUUCCGGGCUAUUUCCUCCUCCGCACAAUGAGGGGAAGCGCCUCGCUUGCCCCAGGCAUUCAUUAGGGUGCUUCCUUCAGCCAUUUUAUUCCCCAGUAUCACAGGCACAGCUGAGGCAGUGUGUGUAGCAAUGUCCAGAAAAUCACAGCCGUCAACCCAUCCCUGUGCUUGUCUCAGAACCCAGGGGCCUGCACUCCUCCCUUGUCCUUUGUCCCCGUCCCCUCUUUGGGAAAGGAUCAUGGGUUUGGAGAGGGUUUCAGCCCAGCAGCUUGCUAACAGACCAAGACCUCCGCCAGCAGUUUCGUAACAGUUUCAGAUAUGGGUCCUCCCCAAACCCAAGGAGUUGUCCUGCAGCAGAACCUGGUUGGGCUGGUGGAGAGACGAAAACUACGUGGUCACUGCCAGCCAGCUGACUGCUGCGGCCAAGUCGAGGCAUUUAUAUUUGGGACUAAUGGUCAGCUGUAGAUAUUUCCCUCUGGAAACAGUGAGGACUCCCUAGUUGGGAACUGUUGCUGAACUGUAAAUACAGGCUGCAUUUAAAUCACUGACACAGGAUCUCUGGGAGCGAAGACCCCCCCCGUAAACUGUGAUCGACCCAAUGCAGGUAAACAGGUGGUUGGGAGGAUGCGGACUGUGGGUCCACGCGGGGAGUGCAAGGGCAGGGGAGGAGUUAAUUUUGAAGCACAAGUUGAAUCCUUGGGUCAUUGGAGUUGGGCCUGAAAUCACCGUGGAUAUGCUCCAUCUGCCAUCUCCUUGAGGAAGCAUUCUGGACCCUGUGUGGAUGAGAAGUCUGCUGUUAAUGCAGGCACAGCACAGGUCUGCUCCCUGGAGACUCUGGUCGGGACCUUUACCAAAUCAUCAGUCCCUGGCUAGCCUUUGAGGGGCGGGGGGACAGGGUCACGUCAGCCUGGGGUGGGGGGUGCUCCUCCAGCUGAGGGCUUAGCCAAACACCUCAGCAAGGAGGACAGUCAGUGCAUCAGCUAACGUCCCUGUCCCUGCAUCGUGUGUGGGUUCAUUUCUUGCACCAGCAUGCAUCUGCUCCUCUCUCCUGGCUCUCCGGUUUCGGGGAUGUGUAUCAAACGUUUUUAAAAUGAUUUGUGAAUAAAGUGAGUUCUCAG